AUGUCGUCUAGCCAAAAUAUUGAUCCUGCCUGGCCACCGGGAACCGUUCGGCUCGAAGACCUCUCACAGUCUGAGGUCAUCCUAGAGCCGAGACCAAGCAGAGACCCGAAUGACCCCUUGAACUGGCCGCAAUGGAGGAAACAUCUCAACUUUGGACUUGUUUCUUACUACGUUGUAAUGGUCAUGGCGCUGGUCAAUGUUGCAACGGUGACCUGGGGCCCUCUCAAUCUCGAGCUCAACUUCACCUUCGCACUGCUUAACGAUAGUUACGCGGCCGGCUGUGGAGCGUUGGCCAUCGGCGGGGUAUUCCUGAUACCAUUCGCUCUGAAAUUCGGCAGACGGCCAGUCUAUGUCUUGAGCACGGCGAUCCAGUGCGGAAUCAGCGUCUGGUCUGCCCGCAUGCAAAAUGUGGUAGACCUUAUGCUGGUUAAUAUUCUCAGCUGUAUCGUGGGCGCGCUCGCCGAGGUGAUGGUGCAGAUGACAGUCGCCGAUGUCUAUUUUGUGCAUGAGCGAGGCCUGAUGAACACCAUCUAUUACUGGUUCAUGACUGUCGGCACCACCCUGGCCCCCCUAGCUGGCGGGUAUAUUACUCUUUCCCAGGGCUGGCGCUGGGUGUGGUGGUGGAUGGCUAUUUUGUUUGGCGCUGGGCUUGUGGCCUUUUUCUUCCUUUAUGAAGAAACGAUGUUCAGUGCCUCGCUUAUUGAUGGCGUUCCAGUCAUCAAUGAGGCAGUUCCGGAGCGUAAUUCUUCGAAAAAGGAGUCCGGGGCCCCAGUUCCCCAAAACAUCAACGCUGCCAAGGACGAGACAAUGCCAUACGACCCCGUCCACAUCGACUACUCCAUUCCAAAGAAAACAUACUGGCGGAAACUGGCCCUGUGGGCCAACUCACCAGUAUCAUUCGGUCAGCUCGCGAAACACACAUACCAGCCAUUCCUUAUCAUGUUUAGCAUCCCGGCCGUCUUCUACAUGGCGGUCGAAUAUGGAAUCAUGACCGCCUGCACAACAGUCCCCGUAACGACCCUCUCAUCCGUCAUGACAUUGCCACCCUAUAAUUUCGGCUCUGCCCAAAUCGGCCUAAUGGGGAUACCGCCAUUCGUUGGUGCCUGCUUAUCAGCCAUUACCUGCGGCCCACUUAGCGAUGUGAUUGUCCUUUACCUGGCAAGGCGAAACGGUGGUAUCUUUGAGCCGGAAAUGCGGCUUUGGCUUUGUUUGGUGUUUGUCCCCUUCGUCCCCGCGGGCCUCUUCAUGUUUGGAAUUGGCCUUGAUCGUGGCUCGCACUGGCUUUUACCGGCUUUUGGGCUGGGGAUUAGCGCGUUUGGGAUUGUCCCGGCGAGCAGUGCGGCACUCACCUACCUUACGGAUGCGUAUACAGAUAUAAUUGCCGACUCGAUCGUCGCCCUGACGUUCACCCGAAACGUCAUUUCCACUAUCUUUGUCUUUGCUCUCCAGCCGUGGGUUGACCGCGUCGGCCUGGAUUGGUUUUACGUCACAUUCGGAUUGAUAACAAUGCUGACCAUGAUGGGCAAUCUGGGCUUCAUUUGCUUUGGGAAAACGUUCAGGGUUAAGUUGGCGGGGAGGUAUAGGCGAUUUUCGCAGGAAGUGUCAAUAUAA